AUGUACACUAGAACAAACAUGAUAGUUGUCUUCAGCAUGUACACUAGAACAAACAUGAUAGUUGUCUUCAGCAUGUACACUAGAACAAAGAUGAUAGUUGUCUUCAGCAUGUACACUAGAACAAAGAUGAUAGUUGUCUUCAGCAUGUACACUAGAACGAUGAUGGACGUUGUCUUCAGCAUGUGCACUAGAACGACGAUGACAGACAUCUUUAGUCUUGCUUUCUCUUACGAGCUCCUCAGGCUAGUAGCCAAGUCGCUUCCUGGACGGAGCUUCAGCUCAAAGAGUGUCAACCCAGUGCCUCCCUUCCACUUGGCCUUCCCUGUCAACUGCCUCGAGCGAUCGAAACAGUUCUACGGAGAAGUCCUUGGUUGCGAGGAGGGAAGAAGUUCCCCGGGCAAGUGGAUAGAUUUCUCCCUCUUCGGGCACCAGCUAGUCUGCCAUUUCGUCGGGAAAGACUACAAGGCACCAGAAUUCUUCAACCCCGUAGGAGGCGACGAGGUCCCAGUCCCUCACUUCGGCCUCGUGCUGGAGAAAGAAGCGUUCCACAGCCUCGCAGAACGGCUGGACAAGGCAGGGGUCCAGUUUGUGAUCCGGCCGCAGCUGAGGUUCCAAGGACAGCCUGGGGAGCAGUGGACGAUGUUCCUGAAGGAUCCUUCCAACAACGCGCUGGAGUUCAAGGCCAUGACACACCCUGAGAACCUGUUUGCUAAGUACCAAGUGAAAGACAAGUGAGAUC